AUGGAUCACCAGAACACUCCUCGUCGCUCGGCUCCUCGCCAGCCAUUGGGUGACGCCACGCAGCGCCUCAACCAUGCCACCGUAGCCCACCUCAACCGCCGGUACGAGGUUGGCGACGUCGAGAACCACAUAGCAACAAAGUCCAUGAACGCCACUCGCGGUUGCUCAAACCCCGUUCUUACUAUUAAGGACUCUUCAGCUGAGCAGCGCACCCACUACCCGCCGGCCCCGGCCGCCCUGGCCGACCUUGGCUCAGCCAACUCGCGCCCUGCUGUCCGCAACCCGACCUCUCAGGACGCCUCUAAUGCUCGGCGUGUUUCCCAGUUCUCCAAUGUCUCCUCAAACGCGUCCAGCACGCGCCAGCUCAAAACCCACAUUGGUCCUUGGCAGCUAGGGAAGACGCUGGGGAAGGGCUCCUCCGCACGGGUGCGAUUAGCCCGCCAUCGGGUUUGUCACCAGCUCGUGGCAAUCAAGAUAGUGGCCAAGAGCACCGCCCACAUGACACAAGCAGGUAGCCUGGCGAACUUGGACUCCAUCGAUUACAGGAAGCCAACAACCAGUACGGAUGGUGGUCUACGCCGGAUGCCACUGGCCAUUGAGCGAGAGGUCGCUAUUCUCAAACUCAUCCGUCACCCUAAUAUCAUCGAGCUCCUUGACAUUUGGGAAAACCGGUCGGAGAUCUACCUGGUCACCGAGUACGUUGAAAAGGGGGAUCUGUUCGAGUUCAUCAAUUGGAACGGCCCCCUCCAUGAAGAAGAGGCCAUCUUUUACUUCCGCCAAAUCAUGACUGCUCUUGACUAUUGCCACUCAUUCAACAUAUGCCACCGCGAUCUCAAGCCUGAAAACAUCCUGUUGAAGGCGAAUGGGCAAAUCAAGAUUGCGGACUUUGGCAUGGCUGCCCUGCAACAGAACCCCAACCAUCAACUUCGAACGGCCUGCGGAAGCCCUCACUAUGCGGCCCCUGAACUGCUCCGCCACCAGUUUUACAAGGGCUCGGCUGUGGAUAUCUGGAGCAUGGGCGUGAUUCUGUAUGCCAUGUUGGCGGGGCGCCUCCCGUUUGACGACGACGACAUGGAGGUCAUGAUGAUGAAGGCGAAGCGCGCGGAGUACAGAAUGCCACCGCAUUUGACGAGGGAAGCAAAGGAUCUCAUCCGGAGAAUUCUGGUGGAUCAGCCUGCUCACCGCAUCACGAUGAAGCAGAUGUGGCGGCACGCUCUCAUCAAGACUUACGAUUAUCUUGACGCAUACCAGAACUGGGAUGGCCAGUCACAAAUUGCGCUGCCGAACUUGGGCAACCUACCCGUCCCGGAAGAAAUCGAUGUACAGAUCUUGCGUCAGCUGAAAGCACUAUGGCACACCUACUCGGAAUCCGCUCUCUCAGAGCGACUUAGACAGAAAAAACCAAACGAUCAAAAGCUGUUCUACUGGCUCCUCUACAAUCACCGCGAGGCUCAGCUGGAGAAUUACAACAACAACGUCCCAAUAUCCAAGAGCGAUUUUCAUCACCUCAAGCCGCCAAACUGGGGCAAGCGCAUCUCGACUUGUGAAUUCACCAAGUCGGGCCGCAAAGGCCAGACCAGGACUGUGUCCCGAUUUACGGUAAUUUCUAAUGUUCCAGACAUUGAUGAUGCCGGCACCAUCCGGAGCUACGAUCCCUACAACGCGUCCCGCAUUCUCAAGCCGUGCGAUUCUCAAGUAAGCCACGCCAAAAUCGUCAUCCAUCGCAACAACCCUGAGCCAGGUGUCUCCCCAUCCCCGACGACUGUCUCUCACUCGUACCGCUCAUACCGAUCCGCGAAUGGCUCCUCUCGCCAGCGGUCGGGAACGAACCCCCGACGUACGAGUACGGCAUGCCAGCUCAGGUCCGCCCAGACCUCAAUGGGCUCCAUUCGCAGUCACCAGAGCAACCCUCGUGUUCGGGCAAACAACCGGUCCAAGCGCACUGUCGACUUUUCGAGCAUUCGGAAUAGGAGUCAGCACCACCGUCGGAACCGCCGUACGACAUUGGCCGCUCCGGCCAGCAGCGGGGGGAGUAACACCACUUACGACCGUGAACCUCUGUCGCCCUCUGGCCAUACCAAAAAACCAAGCGCCCAUCAAGUUUCGGUUACCCAGUCAAUGGUAGAUGUUGGCCACAGGGCCGAAGACUCGUUCAUUUGGAGCAAGGAGCUCGAGCAGCUCGGGCACAGGAUUGCUCGUGAUUGUGAUGAGGCCUUCCGGAGCUCCCUUCUCUUAUCAGAACCCAGAAAAGUUGAGACAGGUUCUCUCGAGGCCAGUCCAUUCAUGCUGCCCCUGCGUAGCUCGCCCGUUGUGCAGGAUCGCUCAGUUUCCUCACCUGCGCCGUAUCCCUGGGACAACCGACCACUUCCUCCCCUUCCGUCCAAAGAUACCAUCACGCCUCUGUCAAUUCGGAAGGACAAUGACUCAGCUUCUUUGGCAGCGAAGACGUCGAAACUGCAGCCCAACUUAGACGUGUUAAUCCCUGACCGUCGCGUUGUUUCGGAGCCAGCCUAUGAUCGACCGAGCAAAGAUGCGGGGCCAUUGCCUUCCAUUCGCGAAAACACGUCUGACAACUGGAUGAGGCAAAACGGUGGUAGACACAACUUUGCUCUGACCCCUUUGGGAACACCUAUCUAUGCUAAGAACAAGGGAUUGGACUUCCUAGCGAGGCCCGAGAAUACAAUCCGGGUCGUCAACUCGCCGUCAGCGAAUGGCGCCGCAUACCUCGUAGAUAUCCCUGAACCUCUCAAUGUUCGCAAAAUAUCGCAAAAGAAUAACAAUGCCAGGCCGACAGAGACGUCUUCGCUUCAUGAUCGCCAGAGGCCGUCGUUUUGUGGGUCGGAACAGAAAGGCCAGUCAACGGAAGGUAACAGGAACGAUAGCACCGCAUCCAAAAAGAGGGUUUCCUCCUGGUUUAGACGCGCCCCCAAGGAGGCUGCCAGCGGCAGAACCAUUGAAACCACGUCUGACAGCUCCGUUCGGUCCAAGGAGACCCUCGUGGCUUCGGAGCCCAGCAAUCUCAGUCGCCCCACGUCGCAGUACACUGACGGUCCUUCUCUCCGGCGCCCGAAUAAGAAAAAGUCGUUCGGUCUUGCUUUCUGGAAGGGAGCCAAGGAAGAGAUGAAGAUGUCGAUCGCAGACUCCGAUCCUGAGGAAGUCCAACUCCACAAUGAAAAGAAAAAGAGAAAGAGACGUUCCAGCAAGGAGCCCAGGGUACUGAGUGGCACAGCAUACAGCUUCUGGUCUGGAAGCGAUAGCGGCAUCCGCAAGAUUGAAGUGCAGCAGAACUGGCUGGCGCGCCUCUUCCGCGUUAAGCCUGCUAUGCGCUACCUCUGUUUCAACAUCCUCAAGAGGCGCGCCCGUCAGGAGGUGGCCAUUUUACUCCGCGAGUGGCACCUCAACCUGAAAGAGGUGUCAUUUGCCGUCGAGCUCAUGACAGUCAUUGAGCAUGGAAAGCGCAACCAGCUCAGCAUCGCCCGCUUCACCCAGGAGAAGGGGGCAGCGAGCAGCUUUCACCGGGUUGUGGACGCCAUCAAUGCUGCCUUUGGCACCCGCGCGUUGCUAGUCACCGAUAAGCGGAAGGUGAGCAUGAUGAUCAAGACGCUCAAUUCUUGA